CUCUCUGCAAGUGAAUCAAUAUCAUUAAUCUGCCUCACGGUCAGCCCAUGUCAUGGCGGAUCCGGUGCCGGACCACCGCACCUCCAAUCCACUCCCGAUCCGAGCCAGCACCCAUCCCGCCGCCGCCUUCCUCCUGCGGAGGCGGAAGCGGCCGUAUGUACGCCUGGGAGGGAGGAAGCCCCGGCGGGGAAUUUGGGUGGCGAGGCUGUUCCGGCGAGUGCGGCUGCGGUGGCUGAAGCAGAGGCUGAGGAAGCUGAAGCAGUACUACCGGUCGCUGGUGAGGGACAUCGUGGAAGGCAGCGCGAGCAUGGAGUCGGUGCAGCAGAGGAUUCUGAUGGAGACUUCGUUCGCCAUUCCGGUCAUGGGCAUUUCCUUCAAUUCCUUUCAAGGUUCACAUCCGGUGAUAUAGAAUAAUAGAAAGAGAAUGGAAUGUAUAUUUGCAGGUUGUUUGUGUGGGUGUCGAAGUGGAUCAUUCAUCGGUUUUUACGUACGAAUCUCAUCUUCCAUUGCCUAGAUUGGAUUGGAUUGGAUAAUUGGUUUGGUUUUGGAUGGAUAUGGCUCCAUUGAAUUCUCUGUAAUUCGUUUUCUUAUCAAUUUUAAUCGGUAACUGAGCUACCAUGCCCCUCAUUAAACCAUUAAUCACCACCCACCCACCUAACCAGUCAUCAGGUGGGUGCAGUGCUCCUCACAUACUGAGUUUGUAGCCUAUAUAUACAUGGAUGGGUAUUGAUUA